AUGCGGGGUCGUGGCGUAACGAAGAGAUCUGCCGAUACAACGCGGUUGCUCGACGGCCGCCUGGAGGUGCGCACCGGCGACAUCACGGCGCUCGGCGUCGACGCGAUCGUCAACGCCGCCAACUCGUCGCUGCUCGGCGGGGGAGGGGUGGACGGCGCCAUCCAUCGCGCCGCCGGCCCGGAGUUGGUGGCCGAGUGCCGACGCAUCCGCGCCGCCGACCUGCCGGACGGGGCUGCGGGCAGUGCGUCGCGUAACCAAGGCGCCGGGUGA